GGGAAAUCAAACUUCCGAUGAUCGUCGUCUCCCCGUUGGGAAUAAUUCGUUCGCAGGGAGUAACUCUGUUACCGAAUUCUCGUACGGCCUGCGAAAGUUGAAGACUUUAACAAAAUAUAUUUUUACCUUUCGCCAAGUGUUCGACGAAUUGCCUCAGCGACUUCGUUUCCUCUUGAACGACUGAAACUGAUCUCAGCAGCUAUGGAGGAGAAAGACUGGGAAGGUUCUCCGCUGAGUGAAAACGAAGCUGGUUUACUAUGCUAUGAUGACGAAGAAUAUCAAUUUGGUGGUCCAGCUCCCAAAUUACAAUUCAGAGUAGGAUCCUCCAAGGCUCGUUGGAAUGCUGAAUUAGGAUUUAGGAAUGGCCGAAGUUGAGGUCAAAAGGGGUAAACUUUGGACGACAACUGGAAUUAUCCGUACCGGAAAAACAUAUUGCUUCAUAGAAGAGGCUCUGUAUUUGAGUGAAAUUGGAGAGUUGCAGCUCUUGGGUGAUGAGGAUGACGUAGUGAUUUCAUUGAAGGACUUGUAUGGGGAAAUAGCGGAGGGAAAAUAUGGCUGCUGUUGGGAAAACUACGAGGUUUAUAGAUACUUAAAGGGUCUUGGUUACAUUCUAGGCAGACAUGGAGUUCCUUGGACUACAAAAUAUGCUGUGAAUACUACACCAAGUGAUGAAGAUGAGUCACUUUGUGCUGCAGAAUUUUUCCAAGACAGAGACUCUGUUACCAAACUCCUGAGUGAUAUGCAUAUCUGUGAUGCAAGACCGGUGUUUGAUGUGUAUUUGCCAAACAGCCAGUUCAAGAAGUCUUCUCCUGGUGAACCGAGCUUUGUCACUUGCUUCUCGGGAGACUCUCCACCAAGUAAAGAAGAAAUUAAAGUCCUGCAAAAGUGCAUAGUUUCACCAUUGAUGUUCUGUCAUAUCGCUCAGGGCCGUGCCACUUUCUUUUCCUUCAAUUCCAUAGACCUCCUUGUCUUACCAUAAAUGUGAGAAAAGAAAACGGAAUGCUCUUGUGCCAUCAGACAAAGGUGACAAAACUGAGUGACUGAGAGUUUGCAUACACUUGGAGUGACUUGGCUGACUCAUUGAUAAGGGAAUGAGUUGGCAUAUGUGGAAUUGACCUGCGAUUUACGUGUUCUUGUGAUCUGGAAAGUAUCAAGAAACAGAAGAUUCUACAGCCAGAAAAUAAUCGAAAGGACCCUAGCCUCCCUCUCCAUUGGAGUAAGCUGUUGCACCACCUGAGUAGGAGGACCAGAUAGUUGGUCUAUCGUCUCUUUAGUAGUUCUUGGGUGUUGGACUGUUAUGUCACUUGCAGUUGACUCUGGCACAACACUGAUGUCCAUUGAUGAAACGGAUGCCUAAUGACAGAGACAAAGACAGUUUCAAUCUUCCGAGGUUAU